UUCUCUGUUACACACAUGCUUGGAGUCAAGCAGCAAAGCACGACACGAUUUCCACAGUCCUUCUGCGUGUUUGACAUGAUCAGAGACUCGACUUUCCAGUUUCCACAGCUUGGAAAAUUAUGCGCAACGUCCGGUUGGUACGGCACGGCGAGGCACCAAAGUUACUUCUUAUAUAUACAUCUCUCGUGUCAGAAGCAGAGAUCGAAAACCAUUUCCUUUUGAGUAUCAGCCAUGGCUGUACGUGCCAAACAUGUGCUUCUAAUUGCAGCUCUCGUGGUUAUGGCCUUGAUCUGCACCGCAGAUGCCUUGAAAUCCAAACGUAUACGUAUCCAAUUCUACAUGCACGACAUCGUCGGUGGCCCGAACCCGACUGCCGUCCGGGUUGCCGGCCGGAUGACCAACUACACAGGCUCGGACCCAAUUGCAACCAUGUUCGGGUCUGUUUCCGUUUUGGACAACCCUCUGACAGUCACACCGGAACCGAAUUCAACCGUGAUUGGACGCGCACAAGGGAUCUAUGCUGCGUCCUCACAGCACAGAGAGUUCAGCCUUCUCAUGACGCUCACAUAUGUCUUCAUCAGUGGACCGUACAACGGCAGCACGUUUAGCGUGGUUGGCCGGAAUCCGGUGAUGAGCGAGGUCAGAGAAAUGCCAGUUGUUGGAGGCACAGGGAUUUUUCGGCUUGCUCGUGGAUACUGCUUUGCUAGGACUUACUCUCUGGACCGGAUGGACGCCAUAAUUGGAUACAAUGUGACACUUUAUACAAAACCAAAAUCCGAUAAUCAUUAUCACUAAUAAUGGAGAGUUGAAUCUGAUCGAUAAUUUUGUAUCUGUAAUAGAGUAAUGUUAUUUGUCGUCUUUAUAAAUUCUAGAAUGCAAGGACAUGUCCAUUUCUUUUAUAAUUAAGAGGUGAAUUGCUAUAAUUUCUGUAUUUGGUUCAGCUAGCCUUGUAUUAAACCUUUGUGUUUUCCACUUUAUUAGAGAAUAAUAAGGUCAGAAUUUAGAGGUA